AAACUAUUGAACAUUAAUAAUCAUUAAUUAAAUUGGUCGGAUUGCUAAUUAGGAGGCUUCUGAGGAUUGAAAAUGAAUGUUUUGUGAUAGAAAUAUGAAUUUGAAGAUGAAUAAAAUGUUUAUUCUUAGUGAGAGUUCUCGGAUCGAAUACCAGCUGUCACGACUAGUCUCCAGAACCAUCAUGGCAGUCAGGAUUAUCAAUCCCUCGCCGGUUCACAAGUUGCGGGAACAUAAUGAAACAAUUAUUCCUGAUUUUGUCGAGAGCCUCGAACAAAUCAGGGACUUUUCUCUCACCUGUUCAGCACACGGUUCGUAAUUUAUCCUCUGGGUUCACCUCGAGACAUGACGGAAGUUCUGUUCGCAAUGGAGCACCGGCUGUGUUGUUCCAUAAAAAUUAUCAGAGGAGCUGCGAGAGAAUGUUUUUCACGUCUCGGGCUCUAGGGAAAGUCAAGCAAAAGGGGGACAAGAAAAGAAUGGGAAAACCUCAAAAUGUCGAUAUUAAUGAACUCUCGGAUUUCAUCGAUGUCAAUAAAUUCACGAGCCAGAUGGAUCAUGCGGUUGAGGAGAUGAAGAAGAAUUUUGUGGUGUACGUCUCUCUCAGGUCUUCCAUUGGGUCCAUUGAACAGGUCGUUGUGAACUUCGAGGGGGAGGAAUACAUGCUCCAGGAACUCGUUCAGAUAUCCAGAAAGCCUAAAGUCGUUGUACUUAAUGUCACGACCUUUCCUCAGGCCAUUCCCCAGGUUCUAGAGGCUCUCACUAAAAGUGGACUCAAUCUAAAUCCUCAGCAGGAUGGAACGACAAUUUUUAUUCCAAUACCAAAGGUAACAAAAGAACACAGAGAAGGUCUUGCCAAGAGCGCGAAAGCUCUCUUCAUAAAAUGCCGGGAUCAUCUCAAAAACAUGAAAAUUAAAGAGAUAAAAAACGUGAAGAAAAUAGAAUCAAUUUCUGAAGACCAGGUGCGAAGGGUCCAGAACCAAUUGGACAUCAUCUGUGAGAAAUACGUGAAGGAAGCUGAAGACCUUCUCAACACCAAACAGAAAGAAUUACUGCGAACUGAAUAAAUACGUUUAUGCAAUUUAAUAAUGACAAGGUAAAGGGUAACAAAUUGAUCUGUUCCCUAGUCAAGUGUUUGACAAAUAUCAAAAAACACAAAAAUUUCCUCAGAAUGUUUUGUCUAGUGUGCAAUGAAUACUACAAAAAAGACUCCAGAAAAAUUUUGCUAGUUCUUUAAGAUUCAGAGAUAUUCCUGGAAUACUUCGCUUCUGAAUUUAAUUUUUUUGUACAUAGUUUUUUUCUCUUUCGAAUUUCACAAAUAUAAAUAGCUUGAGCAUUA